AUGGCUGGUUUUUCUUCCCAACAUCAGCAAGACAUCCUCCAGCACUUCCCGUUUGCUGUUGGCUCUCUCCCUGUCUGGUAUUUGGGGCUUCCCCUCCUCACUCGUUCUAUGACACAUGCUGAUUAUCUACCUCUACUUGAACGCAUUCGCCUUCGUAUCUCCUCCUGGACAGGACGUUUCUUGUCUUUUGCGGGCAGGCUUCAGUUAAUCAAAUCAUUGUUAUCCAGCUUAACCAACUUCUGGCUCUCUGUUUUCCGUCUGCCGAAACGGUGCCUUCAGGAGAUUGAUAGCCUUUUCUCGACUUUCUUGUGGUCUGGUCCGGACCUAAACUCGAAAAAGGCGAAAAUAUCUUGGCUUGAUGUGUGUAAACCAAAGCAUGAGGGAGGUUUGGGGCUUCUUCGUCUGCAGGAUACGAAUACAGUUUGCAUUUUGAAGCUCAUUUGGCGUCUUGUGUCUGCUAGUAACUCCCUUUGGGUCAACUGGUGGAACACUGCUGCAAAUGGAGCUUGUGUUCUCUGUCAGGGUUAUGGGGAAACGAGAGAACAUCUAUUUUUCUCCUGCUCCUACUCUUCAAGCGUGUGGUCAGCUCUGGUUCAGAGAUUGUUGGGGGUUCGGUUCACUAUUUCCUGGGCAACUUUGGGUCCUAUGCUUGUUGACUCUUCUACUCCAAGGCUUCAACUCUUUGUCAUGCGCUAUGUCUUUCAGUCUAUUAUACAUAGCAUUUGGCGGGAACGUAAUGCUCGAAGGCAUGGCGAAGCUCCUACUCCGUCAUCCUCCCUCUGCCGCUUCAUCGACAAGAAUAUCCGCAAUCGUUUACUCACACUGAAAACCACCUCUGGCUAUGAGGAUGGUCUUCCACUUUGGUUUCAAACUCAUCCUCUUUCUACUACUUCACGCUCUUAA